GAUCGAGGCAGAGGGAGGGUCGGUCCAUCCCAUCCCGUCGUGCAGGCCUCCAGGUCUCCUAGCAGCCAGAGCAGGCGGCACCAACUCAGCUCGUCGUCACUCUCCUCCUCACUCCUCACUGCCCCCACCCACCCACCACCACGGCUGAUAGAUAGCUCAGCUCAGCUCGUCUCUUCCGUCCUCCAGCUCACACACGCAGUCCAUCUCCCAUCCACCCAACCAACGCACCUACACCAUGGAGCCGAUGCGGCUGGCGCUGGCCCUGCUUGUGGUCGCCGUGGCGGCGUCGCAGCUGCCAUCGGCGGCGGAGGCGGCCAACUACACGGUGGGCGACGACAAGGGCUGGAACCCCGACGUGGACUACACGGCCUGGGUCAAGAAGCACAAGCCCUUCUACAAGGGAGACUGGCUCAUCUUCGAGUACCAGACGGGGCGGGCGGACGUGGUGCAGGUGGGCGAGGUGGGCUACGACAAGUGCGACAAGGCCGGCGCCCUCACCAGCUACAGCAAGGGCACCUCCUACGCCUUCCAGCUCAAGGAGGCCAAGGACUACUACUUCAUCUGCAGCUACGGCUACUGCUACACUGGCAUGAAGCUACACCUCACCGCCAAGUCCUCCUCCUCCUCCUCCUCCGGCGGCUCCUCCUCAUCUGCUGAUGAUUCCUCCUCUUCCGACGACUCCUCCGACACGCCCUCGCCGUCCUCCAAGAAGGACAAGGCCAAAGCCAAGUCGUCGUCCAGCGCCGCGCCGCCGUCCAUCCUCGCCGCCACCCCCUACGCCGCCAUUGCUGCCACAGGCGCCGCCCUGCUCCAUCUCCACAGGAUUGUGCUGUGACUCUGACUCUGACUCUGAUAUCCAUUCAGAGAUCAGGCAGAGGUCGAGUAUUCAUUCAGUCAGAUCUUCAGUGGUGUUCAGUUAUGCUAUAGUAUCAUUAUUCUUCGUUUUGUUUUCACUCUUCUCCCCCUUCAGAUCUCUAGCUGGUGCUGCUCCUUGAUUGCGUGAUUAUUGGUUGGUUCUUGCUUCCAUUUUCCUCUUUCUCUCUCUCCCUCAACUUCUUAUAGUUUUCUUUUCAAGUGGAGUUUGGUAAUGCUGCUACUGUAGUGGUAAUCGAGUUGUUAAGAUGCGAUUUUCAAACAAGGUUAGCAUAAUGUCAAGUGUGAAGAGCUUCAUACAUUCAUAUAUUUAGACUGAAUUAUCAAUCUUUA